AUGUCAACAUCUACAGCCGUGAUAGACGAGCGUGAUGGUGUUGGUUGUAGCGGCUCGGAAGGAGGAGGACCAUCUACGACUACCCCUGAUAACACAGUUGACUUGGAAACGGGACAGACGCAGACACAGACUGAUGGUGUCACCAUCUGGGCGAUAUUCGUCGUUGAAAAGAACGAUACAGUAUGUGAUCGUCCGUUAAGAACGUUUUUAUUCGUCUAUUUCUUUGGUGUUGUUUAUGCCAUUUUGAAACCUAUCAUAACACGGGUAUUGCUGUGCUAUAAUCCAUCUAACGAUCCGGAAAGGCCCCUCAGGGUGAAAAUACACGACACGCUCUUCACUGCGUUUUGUUUCGUCUGGCCGAUCGUUGGAGCUGUAUGGCUGGGGUCCUCUAACACUUGCAGUGACACAGCCCCGACACUGUUCGCUGUGUCGACAGUGAUCGUGGUCGUACUAAUAGUAGCAUGGGUGAUGACUCUACUGGGCCCCCCUCUUCUACUUGGUAUACUCAUGUUGAUCAUUAGACGGGGGCAUAUCAGAGUGGCCAAAGUACGGCAACAGAAGGUCGAUAAGGUGAUAUCUGCAUUACGUAUUGUACCAGCCGGGGAAGCCUCGAAAGUUGCAGGGGAGUGCAGUGUAUGUUUAACUGAGUAG